UGGGACAAAUGAUACAGUGUUAAAGUUCUUUUUCCCAGUCUAUCGAAACAAUUUCAACUCGUAGCGUAAAAUUUAGCCUAGAUGCAAGAAUAUCCAAUUAUUUUUCUGUCGAUGCAUAACUUCAUUCGUGCAUCUGUUUCUCCACUAAUGCCCUACGUAAUUCGUAACACGUAUGAGUUUAAAAUAACCUUUUUAUCAGCACGAAAUGACGGAACGGGAAUCUGACUUUUCGUUAAGAACAAAGAUAUGUAUGCAAAUGGAACUGGAUGGUAUAGGACCUAGGAUAAAGACAUAGAUACUACGAUACUACGCAACUUCUCAUAAAACAUGUCAAACGGUAUGAACACGCAAGCGGAAAAGCCCAAUGCGGAAGAAACUGUCAAUAACAGCGAAGAAGAAGAAGACAGUUCAUCUAGUGACCUGCAUGCGGAAGGAAAACCAGCUUAUGGUGGCUAUGAAGGGCCACAUGCGAUGUAUGUCAAAUUGGUCAGUAGCGAUGGGCAUGAAUUCUUUAUAAGACGCGAGUAUGCUUUAACCAGUGGAACGAUAAAAGCCAUGUUGAGCGGGCCUGGCCAGUUUGCUGAAAAUGAAGCCAAUGAAGUAAACUUUCGUGAAAUUCCAUCUCACGUAUUACAGAAAGUAUGUAUGUAUUUUACCUACAAAGUACGUUAUACGCAUAGCAGCACAGAAAUACCAGAAUUUCCAAUCGCUCCCGAGAUUGCAUUGGAACUAUUGAUGGCUGGAAAUUUCUUAGACUGUUAAGUCAAACGAUUCCAGCAAUUAGAUGGAAUUUAUAUUUGGAUUCUAACAAAAGCUUUGGUUACUAUUUGUACUUCAAGAUUUGCCAAAUCAGCAAUGACACUUUCUUGAAGAACCUAUUCAUCUUGUGUUCUUCAAUUUACACUUGUGACUUUAAAACAUUCGGUGCUAUAAUGCAAUCUCAAAAACAAAUGAUUUAAGUCGAUUAAAUGACGAGAUCCGCGGGUGUGAAUUGAAAAUUUUAUUAACGUGUUUCGAGUACUUUAACAUAACCAUUAUAAACUUUAGAGAACAAGUUGCCUGAGAGAACUACCGUGUAAUUUCUUAUCGAGAGAUUGUACUCGAUUGACUCGGCUUUAUUACAUAUAUCGGUGAUACAAUAAAUUAUCGCAUUCAAAGAAAUCCGAAUCAGCAGCCAAUACAUAUAUCGAUUACAUAUAUAGAUACAUACAUGCAUAUGUAUAUAUGUGUAUAUAUAUAUAUAUAUAUAUAUACACAUACAUAUAUGUAUAUACACAUAUAUAAUCCCCGACGCUGCAAUCGUUUGUACCGUGUAAAUUAACAGAGCCUCUAACCAGAAUAGAGAUGAGAAUAAUGGAAAUCAGGAUAUGGUUCUGUAGCAAUAAGUUUCCAUUAUAUUUAAGAAUAAUUAUUUAUUGGUUUAUGCGCAUAGUAUAAAUUACUUCCUGUACAAUAUUGUUUAACAAUUUCUGUAACAAUACCUUAUAUAUUUUUCAAGUAAAGUAGAUUGAUAAGUAGACUACAAUACAGUUAGAGUAAUUACGGAAUUAUAAAAAAGAAAACAGUAUGUGAUAUAUCGUAAGGCAGCAUGUAACACAUUAAUUUUUUACAGUAUCAUUAUACAAAAUACGUUUAUUAUAAAUACAA